CUCGUACCGUCAGAUCGAGAGCCGUACAGCGUCAUUUGGUGUGUAUAUUGCUAGAAGUGUCAAUUAGUGACUAUUUGAACUCGGUUUUCGAAUCGGGAUUCUUGGUGACGUGCAGUGCUACGUCGUUGACAACCUGCGGCCAACAUGUCUCGACCUCCGAGCUUGCAAAAUGUCUCCAUUGAUGUGGACAAUCAAGCCAUUGCGAUUUUGAAAUACAAUCGACCACAGAAGGGAAACUCAUUGAACGUCCCUUUCCUGAAGGAUCUUCUGACUGCACUACAAUGGACUGAGAGCAACGAUGCGAUCCGAAUCAUAAUCACGACGGGUGAAGGGCGAUUCUAUACCAAUGGAUUGGACUUUCUCGAUCCGACCAAUUCCAUGCCCGGAGCGACGGUCUCGGAUGAAUUCAUCUCUACGAUCAGCAAAAUCCACGAACAUCUAAUCCGAACCGACAAGACCGUCAUCUCCGCCGUCAACGGCCCAGCGCCCGGCUGGGGCACAACAUCCAUCGCCCUCUCCGACCUCGUCUAUUCCGUCCCCGAAGCAAUUUUCUUCACGCCAUUCGUGCAAUGGGGGAUCUGCGCCGAAGGGUGUUCGUCGCUGACAUUCACUCGAAUCCUGGGUCGCGCGAAGGCUUCGGCGUUGAUUCUUGCGGGACAGAGAUUCACAGCGGCCGAGAUGGAGAGCGCUGGAUUGAUCACGAAGAUCCUUCCCAAGGAGGAUUUCUUGGAGGGUGUUUUGAAGAUUGCGAGGGGGAUGGCCGCAUUGCCGAAGGAUUCAUUGAGGUUGAACAAGAAUCUCUUGAUGACUGCGGCGGGUUAUCGUGAGGAAUUGUUGGAGGCGAAUCGGAAGGAAAUGGUUGGGCUGGGGGAGCAGGCUCGGAGGAAGGAGAGUUUGGAUGCGGUGGCGGCGUUUGCGAGAGCAACUGAGGCGAGGAGAAAGGCAAAGGCUGCGAAGGCCGCAAAGCUAUGAUGGUUUAUCUGUAUGGAGACAACCGCCAACGGCAUCGCUACCGAGCUUUGUGUUCUCAGCAGAUAUCCCAGGCUGAGGCUGCAAAUGUAACAUCACAAAUAUCAUAACAUAGUGGGUGGUAGCGAAAUACUGUUCAUUGAUUGUGCGCCUUGACUUCUCAGCAAUACGGCACGAGCGUCA